GCGCUGCGCUCAGAGGACCAGGACCAGAGGUAAGCCCAGAACCAGAGCCAGGACAAGCAGAAGAUACCAGACCAGCAGACAGUAUGCAGUUCAUUGUUCGUUGUCCCGCCAUCUUGGCUCUCAUGGCAUUGGUUCUGUGCGGUCCAGGUGUUUCCUCUCAGCUCGACCGAGAUCAGGACCAGUACCAGAACCAGGACCUUGACCUGGAGCUGCGUCAGCACAGGCUGCUGCAAAGAGCUCGCAGCGCCGGACUCCUGUCACAGGACUGGAGUAAACGUGCGGUGGAGGACCUGCUGGCUCAGAUGUCUCUGCCAGAGGCCGACGCCCAGCGGGAGGCAGCAGUCGUUUCCAUGGCAGCAGGAGGAAGAAUGAACCUGGAGCGGUCCGUCGACCCCCCCAACAACCUGCCCCCCCGUGAACGCAAAGCUGGCUGCAAGAAUUUCUACUGGAAGGGCUUCACGUCCUGUUAAAGUUAAAGAUGACACCUCGCCUUCAUCAGACCAGUUGACCAAUCCCAGAUUACCUGACCUUCACCUGAGCAAUUUCACGGACCAAUCAGCAGCUGUCUGGCUGCAGUGUACCAGAAUAAUUAAUGUAAUUAUCAAUUAAAGAGAGAAAUCAG